AUGGACAUAUAUGCCGUGGAUGGGCUAUUGCCGCGUGUUACGAACGAGGCAAAUGUUCGUCUGCAUGUCCGCAUAUUGCAGGAUACCUACGCAUUUCUCUGCAAGAAGUUCAUUUACGACGCGAUGUACAGAUGCCCUUGGCAGCGAGUCCUUGCUUACCGUCGCAUGUGCUCCAAGGCACCGCCAGCGCCGUCCAAGUGGUCCAGACUUCCCAAGUUGGAUUUCAAGGACCUCCCCGUGGAUGUGCACUUGAAGAUCUUUCAACACCUCUUCAACAUAACCACGUUUCCCAACACUUGUAUCACAGUGAAGCGCCCGUUUAACCACGGUGCGCUAACUGGCAUAGAGUUUAUCAACCGGAUGCGAGACACUAACGUGGCGAAUGCGUCUGUUGCUGCCAUGGCAUUCUCUUCGCUUCCAUACAUGGAACAUGUUGACGAUUCCCUCCUGUUGGCGGUUCUACCUCGGCCUGAGGGUCAGGUUCCCCUUCACCAUGAGGAGCAGGACAUUGUCAAUGCCAAGGUAAAUGUUGGUGUCAGCUUGACAAUCCAAACUGGUCCGAGGCAAGUGUUUAGACUCGAUCAGCCCAAGGACUCGCAGACACAUGUCAACUUUGACGAUUUCGUCCAGUACAUAACCGCGAUCUUUCAGUACUCCACUGUGGCUCGUGCUGAAUGGCGUGCGCAAGCCAUUGAGGAUGGAUUCAUCCAGGAGCCUGUCACUGCCACUAGCAUGCCUGGCAUGGACUCCGCUUCUCUCUUCUAUUACAUACAGAAGCGCAUGAAGCGCAAUAUCUUCUAA